CCACCCACCCGGACUCCCGAGGCCCGACUCCCUGGAGUCCUCAGAUACAGGACACCAGAGUGGGACUCUCCAUCCCCUGGCCGGACGCCUCCUCCCCAUCGCCAGCCCCAGCCCCCUGGCUGCUCCUGUCCUGGGAAGGCCUGGAGGAAGAGGCCAGGGAAACAGCCCUGCCCCUUCCCCCCCAUCCCUCCAUCCACCCAGCACCAGCAUCUGGAGACCCCAUGGCCUGGGCUCGCUGGGGCUGCUGCCCCUGGCUUGUCCUCCUCUGUGCUUUGGGUGCCUGGGGCCACCCAAAACAAGUGGACCUGAGAGGAGAAGAUGUGAGAAACUGUUCCCUCAGCCCUCCGUACCUUCCAGUUACUGCGGUCAAUACCACGGCGCAGCUCACAGCCCUCCGCCAGCAGAUGCACGUCCAGAAUCUUUCUGCCUACAUCAUCCCCGAAACAGAUGCCCACAUGAGUGAGUACAUCGGCAAUCGCGACAAGAGGCGUGCGUGGAUUACGGGCUUUACAGGGUCUGCAGGAACUGCAGUGGUGACCAUGGGGAAGGCAGGUCUCUGGACCGACAGUCGUUACUGGACCCAGGCUGAGCGGCAGAUGGACUGCAACUGGGAGCUACAUAAAGAAGUUGACAUAACUUCCAUCACCACCUGGCUCCUCACUGAGGUUCCUGCCGGAGGGAGUGUGGGCUUCGACCCCUUUCUCUUCUCCAUUGGUUCCUGGGAGAGUUAUGACAUGGCCCUCAAAAACUCUAACAUACAACUGGUGUCCAUCACAGCCAACCUUGUGGACCUGGCGUGGGGGUCAGAGAAGCCUCUGGUUCCAAGCCAGCCCAUUUAUGCCCUGCAGGACGCAUUCACAGGGAGCCCCUGGCAGGAGAAGGUAGCUGGCAUCCGCAGCCAGAUGCAGAAGCAUCGCAAGGGCCCAACUGCUGUCCUUCUGUCGGCACUCGAUGAGACGGCCUGGCUCUUCAACCUCCGCGGCAGUGACAUCCCUUAUAACCCCUUCUUCUAUUCCUACACACUGCUCACGGACUCCUCUAUCAGGUUAUUUGUAAACAAGAGUUGCCUUGACUCUGAGACCCGGAAGUACCUGAACUCCAGCUGCACGGGCUCCAUGUGUGUGCAACUCGAAGAUUACAGCCAGGUCCGUGGCAAUGUCCAGACCUACGCCUCUGGAGACGUGAAGAUCUGGAUUGGGACCAGCUAUACUACAUACGGGCUCUACGAAGUGAUACCUACGGAGAAGCUCAUAGGAGACACCUACUCCCCGGUGAUGGUGACGAAGGCGAUGAAAAACAGCAAGGAGCAGGCCCUCCUCAGGGCCAGCCAUGUACGGGACGCCGUGGCUGUGAUCCGCUACUUGGUCUGGCUGGAGAAGAACGUCCCCAAGGGCACGGUGGAUGAGUUCUCAGGGGCAGAGCUGCUGGACCAGUUCCGCGGAGAGGAAGCAUUCUCCUCGGGACCUAGUUUCGAAACCAUCUCUGCUAGUGGCCUGAACGCUGCCUUGGCCCACUACAGUCCGACCAAGGAGCAGCACCGGAAGCUGUCUUCAGAUGAGAUGUACCUGCUGGAUUCUGGAGGGCAAUACUGGGAUGGAACCACAGACAUCACCAGAACAGUCCACUGGGGUACCCCCUCUGCCUUCCAAAAGGAGGCAUAUACCCGCGUGUUGAUAGGAAAUAUCGAUCUGUCCAGACUCAUCUUUCCUGCUAAUACAUCAGGGCGAAUGAUGGAGAUCUUUGCCCGCAGAGCCUUGUGGGAUGUUGGGCUCAAUUAUGGUCACGGGACAGGCCAUGGCAUUGGCAACUUCCUGUGUGUGCACGAGUGGCCAGUUGGAUUCCAGUCUGGCAACAUCCCCAUGGCCAAGGGCAUGUUCACUUCCAUCGAACCUGGUUACUAUCAGGAUGGAGAAUUCGGGAUACGUCUUGAAGAUGUGGCCCUUGUGGUAGAAGCAAAGACCAAGUACCCAGGGUCCUACCUGACCUUUGAAGUGGUGUCCUUGGUGCCCUAUGACCGGAACCUCAUUGAUGUCAGCCUGCUGUCUCCAGAGCACCUCCAGCACCUGAACCACUAUCACCAGACCAUCCGAGAGAAGGUGGGCCCGGAGCUAUCGCAGCGCCAGCUGCUGGAGGAGUUCAAGUGGCUGUGGGAGCACACCGAGCCUCUGCCCGCAAGGGCGCCGCACACGGCCUCCUUGGCCUCUCUGUUGGCAGUCUCCUCUCUUACCGUCCUCGGCUGGAGUGUCUAGACGCUCAGACUCCCCGGCCAACCCUUGAGCUCAGCUCCCCUCAUCCUGCACCACCUGCACCCCCAGAGCCCCUGCCAGCCCAUUGCCCAGAGACCAUUGCCCUCACCUUCCUUCUCCAGGACUAAGCCCCAGGGACACAGGGCUUCUUGGCCCCAGGCUGGCCCCCUCUGGGCCUGUACACCGCACCCUGGGCUCGCAACCCCUAAACAGCUAGUCCCUUUCCUCCUGUGAGCCCAGUAGGCCCAACCUGUUAGCUGGCAGAGCCUCCUACCACUGCCCCACCCCCCACGACCGAUAUGAGGCGGUACCCUACCCCCGGGAGCGCCAUGCCCCCUCCUUCCCCCCCCCCCCCCUCCCGGGAGAGCCCCACCCUAUCGCCACCUGCUGGAUGUAGUCAGAGCUCUUCCCAUCCCCUCGGGCUCCUGACUUGGUCUUUCCACACCCUCGAAGCUGCUUCUGACCACCGCAACCUGCCCCUGGCCCUACAAUGCCCUCCUGGCUGCAACCCACAGGCUGAAGGAACAAGGGCUGCCUCUAGGUUCCCUGCUGAGCCUGUGGAGGGAGAGGAAGGGAAGGUGGCCGAGGCUUCUGCAACCAGGAGGGCCAGCCAGAAAGGGGCACGUAUGCCAGCCUGCCCGCCAUGUGAGCUCAUCACCUCUAAACCCUGGGUGGGUUCCAAACCAAUGGACAGGACAGGGAGUUCAGCCAUAGGAAUCUGGCCGUGGAGGAGGAGGGAAUGUGGGGAGCAUUCUGGAAUAUGACCCUACCCAAAGUUGGGAACAACCUCAGCAGCAGUGCCCAAUCACCAUCCCAGACUUCCCAGCGCGUGGGUAGCCCUUUUAACUCUCCAAAAUGCAGCUACAGUGACAAUGCUGUCAAAUCCUCCAGCAUCUUCAGAUGGGCUUGAACCUAUGUGGGCUGGUUUAACUUGUGUGACUCUGCUUUCCCCAUUUUACAGAUAGGAAAACUGAGCUCCAGACCGGGGGUACCUCUCCAAGAACACACAGUGUUCGGUUGGGACAUGGCAGGGCCAGAAUGGGCCGGCAGUCCAGCUAUUUUGCCCUUUGGCCCCAUGUGAAAUCCCUUAGGGUACUUCCCAGCCCCUUCCAAGUUCACUGAGCCCGCUGUUGGGGGCAGGGCGGAGGGGAGGGAGGGAGCUUUCUUUGGUCAGCCCUGCCGUUAGCCACCUGGGCUCACAUCCUGCUAGAUGCUUAAAACAGCAUGGCAACGAAGCCUGCCUCUGGGUUUUGCAUUGUGUCUUCUUUGUUGCCGGGGACUGCUGUUACC